CUCAGCUGGGGCGCGUCAUAUAAAACCUCUGCGCUCUUUGUUUACAGUAAAGGGAAGUGAAUAUUGUAGCACAGUGUUCUAUUACGUUCAAGCGCUUUUAUUAAAAAAAGUACACGUUAACAGCAUCGACUAUUACUAGGGUCGCAGUUAUGGUGGCAAUGACGAAGAAGGUGAAAACCUUCCAAAUCACUUUAUCGGAUUCAAACAAGUCCUUUUACUGCGGCGGGGACAAGGUGUGUGGCCGAGUUGAAGUCGAGGUGAGCGAGGUGACUCGGGUGUCUGCACUGAAGAUCCUGGCUCUGGGCUGCGCCAAAGUGGAGUACGCUAAAGGAAAGCAGCGGUGUCGCCAGGAGGCUGAGUACUUACGCUAUGAAGAGGUCCUGCAGCUGAGCGAACAGCCCACAGAUUCCGAUGGCUCAGUUGUUUUAAGGCCUGGUAAUAAAUAUGAGUACAAGUUUGAAUUUGAUCUUCCUCAGCAUGGGCAGCUGGUGUCUUCAUACAAGGGGAAGUUUGGUUAUGUCCACUAUUAUAUAAAGGCCUUGAUGGAGAGGCCACAGCAACCUACUCUGGAGUGCAAGAAAUGCUUUGAGGUGGAGGAACCUCUGGACGUCAACACACCAGACCUGCUGUCUCCCACAGGUGGCACAAAGGAGAAGAAGGUCACCUGCAUGUUCAUCCCUGACGGUCAGGUGUCGCUGAAUGCAAAAAUUGACCGGCGUGGAUUCUGCGAGGGCGAAGACAUUUGUAUCAAUGCAAAGUUUGAGAACACUUGUUCGCGCAUUGUGGUGCCCAAGGCUGCCAUCAUCGCCAAACAUACGUACCAGGCCAAUGGCCGAACCAAGAUCUUCCGUCAGAAGCUUUCUUCGGUGCGUGGAAACCACAUUAUCUCAGGCAUGUGUGAUGCCUGGCAGGGAAAGACUAUCAGAGUGCCAAAGAUCAAACCGUCCAUGCUUGACUGCAACAUCAUUCGUGUGGAAUAUGCACUAAUGAUUUAUGUCCACAUCCCAGGUAGUGAGAAGCUAAUUCUAGAGCUACCUCUGGUUAUUGGAACUGCUGGUCUUGGUAGCCGCAGCAACAGUGUUAGCAGCCAAGAGGGUUCAGUCAGCAAUGCGUCUCAGAGUUGGGUGUCCCUCAGGAUGCCUUCUGAGCCUCCAAGUUACUGUGACAUCACUAAGGAUUGCCGCUUGGACCAGCCUCUGACCCCGCUGCUGGACGAUGUGGACUGUGACGACAGCCCCAUCUUCAUGAAUGCACCCAACUUCCAGUUUCCAUCACCUUCAAUAUGUCUUGAGACAGAGGAAGAGUGCAAUGGGAAUUCAGUCAUGCUUCCUGUCUGCUGAAGCUCAUCAGUGGGGAUCCUGGAGAUGAAGUCACUGACUGUUCUUCAAAGGCACUACAAUGGAGUUGAGUUGCCCACACCAGAUGAAAUUGGUGGUGGAUGUAAAGCCAGGGAUGUAAAGAUAAAGAUUCUGGCUUAUUGCCAUGCUUCAUCACCUUAUGUUGAUCCAAAAUCUUCCUUCUGGUGCUUGUUGGGCAAUAUGGCCUGAGGUCAGAGAUUCUGUGGCACAUUACAUUUUUGAGUAAGCUGUUCCUUCUUAAGACUGUGGGGGAUGUUUUCUUUUAAUCAUGAGUCUCUGUCAUUCCAAUCAAGUCUUGGAUUUUUAAGAGAAUUUAGAGGAAGGUUCCUAUAAACCUUCCUCGCAAUACUGAGGAGGAAGGUUUAGGGGAACCUUUGUAUCGCAGUACUGAGAAGAAUUUAUUGGGACCAAAUUUAACAGGUAAAAGAACCAUAAACAUCAUUCUUUUUUCCAUGUAUGCCAGUGUUUUGAGUAUCCACUUAAGCCACAUUUAUGCUACAACUCUUUGACUCAAUCUUGUUUGAUGCUUGUUGGUUUUUGAUGUAAAAGUAAAAAUAUUUCCUGGGAAAAUAUCCACCUUGUUUAAAAAAUGUCUAUAUUUGACUUCCAUUUAACAUUGCAAGUGCCAAACUUCAUUCAAAUGGCAACAUACCCAGCUUGUUUCCUUGUAAAAGCACCUUAUGUGAACACAAGCUUUGUAUAAAAUAUGCAGCUGUCUGAGAAUACAUUUCACAGUAACAUCUACUUUCUUCUCAUUAUUUAAUUUCUGAACUUUCAGGGCCCAAAAUGAGUUUGUUGUGUAAGACUAUUUGCAAUGCUUUAUCUCGACAUGAGUUAUUUUUGUAUGGAACCCUAUGGGUCAUUUUUUUGAAUAAAGAAAUGUCUAAAAUGAGGCAGAAUUUCUGCUCUUCAACAUA